GAGGAUGACGGCGCGGUGUGCCCAGGAGAGCAUCUAUAACCUCCUGCCCCGCCUGGAGGAGAAGCCUGUCAAACCUCCCAGGUAUAUAUCCACAUUUAGACCAUCCGUGAAACGUGAAGUAGAGAAAAAUAAAGCUCAGUGGAAAACUAUGGGACCAGCAAAAGUUGCAGUGCCAUCUCCAAAAAACUUUCUGCAGAAACAUUCAAAGGAACCCAAGCUACCAGCAAGAAAAAAAGAACAGGAUAGUAAGAAAUUGCCUGCAUUAUCAGUGCCACAGAGGACAGAUCACCCAGUUAUGGGAAUUCAGACUAAAAAGAAUUUUAUAAAUACAAAUGCAGUUGCUGCUAUCAUGGGAUUGCCUAAAAAGCCUCAACCUAUUUAUGUUGAUAGAAGACAGGGAGAUAAAUAUCUCCUUGAAACUUCAGGACUUGUUCCAAAAUAUAUUAAAAAAAAGGAUUAUGGUGUUACACCAAAAUACGUAACACGGAGAAAUGAAGAAAUGAAGAGAGCUCAGACAGAAUAUGAGGCCAGUAUCUUGGAGGAUCUCAAGAAAAGAGCCAUGAAACGGCUAUCUGAUGAAGAAAGAAGUAGUCUUCUGCAGGGACUGAAAAAGAACUGGGAGGAAGUGUAUCGUGAAUUUCAGGGUCUUUCGGUAGAAGUAGACACCAUACCCAAGAAGAUAUAUAAAGAAAAGCUGGAAUUGCAGAUGAAACAACUGGAGCAUGACAUAGAAGUAAUUGAGAAGCACAAAGUUAUCUACAUUGCAAAUGAGUAAGGACUGUUUUUCAGAUCUUUCCUCUCCUUCUUUUCUCUUUCUCUAUCCCUACAUCUCCAAGAACCGCCCCCCUGAAUUCUCAGAAGCAAUUGACACCGCCAACUAUUCAGAAGGAAAUACUCAACUAAUAGAAGUAUGUAGCUUCUUAGAAGUUUUACAUAUAGUUCUCAACUGU